AUGCCCAAUGUCGGCGGUAUGGGAUGCAUGGGUGGCAUGGGUGGCAUGGGUGGCAUGGGCACCGUCGGCAUGUACAGCAUGCAACCAGGCGGCCUCUCAUCCGACGCGUAUGUGGACAAGAAUCUGCGGCCGCUCGAUGCAGAGCAUUACUCGGCUGCGGGCCUCGUGCCGUAUCGCAAGAGACCCGGGGGUGUCGAGUUGCUGCUCGCACGUGAGAAGCCGUGGAAUUCAUUCAUCAACGCAUACGAUCCAUUAGCCUGGAACAUCUUCGGCGGCAAGCGCGUUUCACGUCAGGAGCGAUCCGUAGAGGUGACCGCAGUGAGGUGUUUUCGUGAAGCCGUCUGUGACUUCGAGGCAGCUCCUACAGACGAGGUGCUGCACAACAUGAUACCCAAUGGCUUCUACAUGUGGUAUCCUUUGGGUAAGUAUGCUCUCAUCCUCGUGGAGGUUGAGGAUGGGAGUCUGGACGAUCUUCCAGAGAAGUUUGCCGAGGCCAAAGAGGCGAGCCCUGGCGCAGACUCGGAGUACAGAAUAUUGCCCAUGGGCGUCAAAAAGUGGAAGAAGCAAAUAGAUCUGUUGGAGUGGGUUCCUGGUGAGGACCUGGCCCCAGAGGCAAAAUUCGAGGUGAGCGACCUGCUCAGCAACAUGCUCAAGGUUGCCAAAUUCCUUGAUUUCCUGGCUGGCCGGAUGGAUCCCGCUGAGAUCUGGCCGAAGGGCAGCCAGCCGCAAAGGCCCAUUCUCAAUGGCGACAUGCGGAAGGGAAAGGGCAAAUCCAAGGACUGGGGCGGACCGUCCAUGGACAAUGGCUACAAGGGCCGCGGAAAGGACGGCUGGGGGCCUGGAGAUAGCAAUGGCUACAAAGGCAAGGGGAAAAAGGGGAAAGGCAAGGGCUUCGGCAAGGUGGCAGGGCCCGCUGUGCCGUUCUCGCAGGGAGUUCCUGGAGUUCCCUUGAUGCAGAUGCCGCCCCCUCCGCCCAUGCCCGUGUACACGGCGCCGCCUCCAGCGGCCAUGCAGCCGGGUUCCGAGGAGAUGCAGAGGCAGAUGUAUGGCGAGCAGCUGUACGUAUUGGUUCUGCCGCUGGCUCCAAGCCCAUACCUGGCUCAGAAGAUUACAGGCAUGUUGCUGGAGCUGCCGCAGAACGAACUGGUGUUGAACCUCACAGACCCGCAAGAGCUGCAAAGGAGAGUCGAGGAGGCGCUGGAGGUGCUCAAAGCCGAUGGAGUUACAAAUUGA